AGUGGCUGUUCCGGGGAGGCUCGGCUCUCAGACUGAAGCAGACAAAGGCAGGAGGAGAGACGGCGUGCCGCUAUCCUGCUGCAUAGACUCACAUCCAGCUCCCCUCCCUCUCUCACUCUCACACCCUUCCUCCCUUCUUCACUCCGGCUGCAGCGCAGGGUCUCCAGAACUGAUCCACUAACAUCACAUCCUUCACAACCACCACAGCCACCAUGGAGCUGGACUUUGGGCAUUUUGACGAGAGGGACAAGACGUCCCGUAACCCACGGAGCGGACGGAUGAACGGACUGCCCAGCCCCACGCACAGCGCCCACUGCAGUUUUUACCGUACGCGCACCUUACAGGCACUCACCAAUGAGAAGAAGGCCAAAAAGGUGCGCUUCUACCGUAACGGGGACCGAUACUUCAAGGGCAUUGUGUACGCCGUGGCCAACGACAGGUUUCGCACCUUCGAUUCCCUCCUGGCUGACCUCACACGCUCCCUCUCUGACCACAUCAAUUUGCCCCAGGGAGUCCGCUUUAUCUUCACCAUUGACGGAUCACGAAAAAUCACAUCUUUGGACGAGCUGGAGGAAGGGGAAAGCUAUGUUUGUGCAUCAGAGAACUUCUACAAGAAAGUCGAUUACACAAAGAACGUCAAUCCCAACUGGUCUGUGAACGUGAAGGCCUCUGCGAGCCAGAAGAACAUGCAGUCUUUGGCUGCCAAGGCUGCCGGCGAGUCCAGAGAGGGCAAAGACUUUAUCCGACCCAAACUCGUCACUGUGAUGCGCAGCGGCGUAAAGCCUCGCAAAGCCGUCCGCGUCCUGCUCAACAAGAAGACGGCACACUCCUUCGAGCAGGUGCUCACCGACAUUACGGAGGCCAUCAAGUUGGAGAGUGGAGCGGUCAAGAGGAUCUACACGCUCGACGGCAAGCAGGUUACCUGCCUUCAAGACUUCUUUGGUGAUGACGAUGUCUUCAUCGCCUGUGGACCAGAGAAAUUUCGCUAUGCACAGGACGACUUCUCACUGGAUGAGAAUGAAUGCAGGCUGAUGAAGGGAGCCAAAGCCCAGCGUGGUUCGGUAAAGAGUCCCGGUCCAAUCAAACGCUGCAAGUCGCCUGCUGAUUCGACCAACGGGACCGGCUCCAGCAGCCAAAUCUCCACCCCGAUAUCCAAGCAUUCCCCCACCUCCACCCCCACCAGUCCAGGCUUGAACAAGCAGAAGGACCUCUACCUGCCCUUAUCUCUGGAAGAUGAGGACUCCCUCGGCGAGUCGAUGUAGACUUUCUUCCUGCAGCCAGCCUUUCUGGUUGGCCUGAAACACAGAAGUUUUAUACAUCUGCUGCUUUCAUCCUUUGCUCACAGUGCCACCUGUCGAGGAGAACCACUCUGUCUCUCUUUAUUUUUUUAGGGCCUUUGACACCAUUUGCUGCUUAAGAAUAACAAGCUGUUGUCAAAUUCAGUCUAAUCAGCUCAGUUCAGACACCAUAAAUCCACUUGUUUGCUGUUCUGAAUGCAGAGUUUUCCACGUCUCUAAGGGGGGUACUUUUCAUUUCAACUUAGAUGUCCAAACAGCAAAUGGGAAAUACUCAACAUUUUGAUCCACUUUACAUUUUUGUGACAGUCUUUCCGUCCAAUAGUUGAAGGUGUGAAUGUUCAUGGUUCCAUGUCGGAGGAGGGUCUGUUUGGCCGGAUUAGGGCCUUUUCAAACCUGCUGUAAAUACUGUGUACAGCCAUCCAUCCACCAUAACCUCUCUGCUCAGUGUCCGUUUGCUGUGCUUCCAUCAUCUUACGAUGUCUAACCUUCGCUCAACAUUUAACAGGGUCACAGGGUCAAAGUUGAAGAAAAAUCAAACAGUGAUUGUGAUGGUAGUUGAGAUGCAGCUGCUGCUUUUAAAUGAUUGAAAGUUAAAAGAAAUGUAUAAUUUCCGGCCUUAUAUUAUGUAAUAAAAAUGAUCAACAUUCAAGCUGAAUAGAGAGAAAAAAAAGAAGUGAAGGCAGCGGAUCCCACUCCUCCUGAUGUUGGUGUUUCAUCUACUUUGACUCCUCACAUAAACAGUAGGCUAUAAGCUGUUCCUACCCUCUAUGUUUUCCACAAGAUGCAGUGCAUGAUGUUGACUUGUAUGAAACUUUUUAUGUUGAGCUGUUUUAUUGAAGGACCUUAUGGUACAUAAAAAACAACCAAAGCCGAAUCUAAUGGGCCCAGAAUCCAGUUUUAUUUUAACCUUUCCUAGUUGAUUGAUUCCCUUUAGACCAGUUUCUCACAUCUGCUUUUUGAUCUGAUGUGAACAAUAAAGGUGCCAGGCAAACAUAUUAAUCACAAUUCAUUUUUUUCUCUCACUUUUUUAAUCCCCUUAGUGCAAGAACCUACAGUAAAAACUUUGGAGAUGGCAUCUGUGAAUGUCAGUCACUGGCUCAUUCAUCAAAAUGCUUUAAAUACUUCGGAAGGUGAACCACUGCUCUGUCUGAAAUCUUUUACAAUCUCUAACAUGAUUCCUUCUCUUAUUGCCCAGUCUCAACAACAUCCACCUUCCCACCAGCUCUGACAUGCUUGAAGCAAAGCUUCACCACAGCAUAAUUCUGCCAUCACAGUGUUUCGUGGCGGGUUUUGGAUUUAGAGGGACGUGCAGUUUUAUUGCUCCGAGGGCAUUCAUAGAGGAGCUACAUUAAUAUUGAGAUUACAUUAAAACAGCUAAGCUUUAGUUUAGCAUUACAGCUACUGCCGGAGAGAAUUGGUUACUCUGGCUUUUAUUUUGUGGCAUCAGGGUAAAAUGGUGCUGAAAACACAGGCACAAAUUUCUCUUUAGAAUCUAAAUUGUUAAAAAGUUGAAAACUAUCUACCUUAUUCCACUUUACAAAUCUGCUGUCCAACUUUAUUGGUAAAAAGCACAAGAUUCCAAUUUUGUGGUUAUGUGACAGAUUGUGGAAAAGUUUCAAGCAGCGUGAAUCCUUUUUCUGUGCACCACAGCCGGUGGGGAAAAAAGCCUCAAAGCCAAAGUGUUGUUUUGACCAAUAAAUUAAAUGUAAUAUUUUUUUUUUUUUU